AGACGAGGAAAUUAAUUUGUGGUCUUGUGUUGUUUUUGUAUGUGUUAGUUUGUGUGGAUUUUUUUACCUGACAAUCUGCAAGGCUUGUUUGUUGAGGGAUGUUAUAAAUGUGACAGGCUCUAUGUCUGGGGCUGAGGCAGCUGCAGAAGAUGUGGAGUAUGAACCUCUCAAUGUGACAGUGAAAGAUGACAAUGGUAAGGCCCGGAUACAAACCAGUCCCAUUCCAGGCCUGUCUAAACAAGGGGAGAGCACUCUAAUUGUAGACAUCUGCUCUGAUUGUAUCAAGAUAUCUGUGGAAGUCACCGACAAGAAGAACACAAGUAAAAAGAAGACCCAUCACUCCAGAAUACGGUUAUCACAGGAUAUCAGAGAUAGAUGUAAAGUCACUAAGAAAGAGAUAGAAAAAGAUGGACGACUGGUUAUUCAUGUUGAAAAGAAGGAGCCUUUCAAGUUGGCAAAAAUGGUGAACAUCAGAAGAUAGCAAUUCUUUAAUGAACUUAUAUAUCCUUUGUGACUAAUUUUAUCUAUGCAAACAAUCAUCUGGUUACUGACCAUGUGUAGUCUUGUCAUAUGAACAGGGUCAGUCUUCUUUACACCCAGUUGGCCGUUAGUGUGCCUGACAGGGGAGGUAACCAUGUUAAUCCUGCGUAUACACAAGAACCAUGCUCCUUACAACACUUGCACUGCUCCCAAUAUUCACUUCAUAUCACUGCCAACACUAGCAACUUUUGUACAACCACACCAAGGUCACUGUAUUCAUGGUGAUGAGAAAUAAAGUGAUGUCAGAAAAAAAAAAAAAAAACUCUGUCACAACCUUUGUUUCUAACAACACUUUAUACACUGCUUUCUCGUCAUCUAAAGUAUGUACAACACGAUUCUAGCCAACACCGGGAACAAUUCUAUUGAUGAAUGCUGAUUAAAUAGUUCUGCACAUGGACACGAGUGGUGAGGCUCAGCCUAAACAUGCCCACCUGUCCAAUGGCUCCAAAGGUCAAGCUUGUCUAGUGGUGACAGUGAUGUGAAGCGUAGAGAGCUGCACAACGCUGU